UUCAAUCCUCGCGGGCUACUUGAACGGCGAAAGCGCAAGAGCGGCGGACGCGAAGCUGUUCACUGAGGCUGUGCCGCCGCCGGAGUUGGAGCUUCUCCCCAGCCCAUCCUAUCAUGCUGACAGACGCCGCCGCCGCCGCCUCGGAGCGGGAGAACCAGGAGAACAUUCCUCCGGCGGCGAAGGAAGGCGCCUCGGCCAAGCUCCCGGGCGGCCAUGGGCAGCGGCUGGCGUUGGGGCUGCUGCAGGCCAACCAGUACUGCUCCUCGGACUCUUCUCAGGUCCCUUUGGGUCAAAUACCAUGGAGUACAAACGAUGAGAACUAUGUGGAUGUUCCUGUGGGGAAAAUGGGGAGCAAGCAGCCUGCCUUCACAAUUCAUGUGGAUGAGCCUGAUACCACCAGGCAGAAGAAACGAAUAUCCAGAAAGACCAUGCCUAGCGAAGACGCCCUAGGUUUGAGAGCAGCAGUUGCUUCAAUAGGAAACAGAAAGCCUCUGACACCUAUAGACAAUCCAAUGGACCUUAGUACUGGGUCGCCAAGUAUUAUGGAUAUGUCAAUAGUCCAAGAAGCAGAAGCAAGAGUUAAUGUUAAUCAUGUACCAGACUACAUUGAAGACAUCUACAAAUAUCUUAGGGAAAUGGAGGUGAAAUGCAAGCCCAAAGUGGGUUAUAUGAAGAAGCAGCCAGACAUCACAAAUAACAUGCGGGCCAUUCUUGUGGACUGGCUAGUGGAAGUCGGUGAAGAAUAUAAGCUACAAAAUGAGACCUUGCACUUGGCUGUCAACUACAUUGACAGGUUUCUGUCUAUGAUGUCGGUGCUAAGAGGGAAACUUCAGCUUGUUGGAACUGCAGCCAUGUUGUUGGCAUCAAAGUUUGAAGAAAUCUACCCUCCUGAAGUUGCAGAAUUUGUUUAUAUCACAGAUGACACUUACACAAAAAAACAAGUCCUCAGGAUGGAGCACUUAGUUCUGAAAGUCCUGUCAUUUGACCUGGCAGCUCCUACAAUAAAUCAGUUCAUCACUCAGUAUUUCUUACAUGAGCCAACUAGUUCCCAAGUGGAAAACCUAGCAUUGUAUUUGGGAGAACUAAGUUUAAUUGAUGCUGAAACGUACUUGAAAUAUUUGCCAUCAGUAACUGCUGCAGCUGCAUUUCAUAUAGCAAACUAUACAAUUUCUGGGAAAACUUGGACGGAUGCUCUCACUAAAGUGACAGGAUACACACUGGAAGAUCUUAAGCCUUGCAUCACAGACCUCCACAAAACCUACUACAGAGCUGCACAGCAUACUCAACAGUCUAUACGGGAGAAAUACAAGGCUGUCAAGUACAAUGCGGUAUCACUUAUUGACCCUCCAGAGAGACUCAACCUAUAACAAUCAAAUAAGACUUGAAAUGUCAAAGGUGUAUAGUGCCUCGAAGGGUAAAUGUACAGUUUUAAAAUUGUAUUUAGACUUUGAUCACUUUGGUAUAUUACCAUAGCAAAUUAUGAGGGUCUUUUUUACUUUUAUAAUGUUUUAAUGUAAACUUUUGUACAUGCAAUCUUGUUCUAAGUACUUAGAUGAUGCUCCUUUUAAAGUUCUGGUGAAACAGACUGAAAACCAUGCCGGGACACCAUUUGGGUGUCAUCUUUCAACCUUUUUUUAAAAAGAAGAGCAGUGUCGGUGGGGAUUCUGGCUGUAAAUGACAAAUCAAGAUGGUGCAGUGGAGUUGAUAUGCGCACAUACAAGAUGGCAAAGUUUUGGUUCCCUCUGCUGACUAUAUAUAAUUAAGUUGUGAUGAUGUAUUUAGUAAAGUCAGCUAGUGCCGAAUAACUUCAGUAUUUGAAAGUGAGGCUACUAUAGCAUUUUCUGCUGUCAAAUAAUUUAACCUGGCUGCGAUAUAUUUGUUCUAGCUGCCAAAAGUAGUACCCCUCACUGUAUGCUAUUAAAGUGGUUUCACUCAGACCCACAGCAGUUGAGUCUGAAAGAGGUAGUCCUCCUGUAACACAGGUCAUAGCUAGCUAUUACUUUUCUGAAAAUAAUUCCUGUCUUAUACUUAGGUUAUAAACUGAGACUCAGCAGCCUCUGAGCAAGCAGAGUUCCUGACCUACAAAUGUAUUCAGUCCUAGAGGUAAUGCAGAACUCCUAGUUAGGGCAUGGAGAUAGCUUUGGCCAAACUGCUGCUUUGGGAGCCUACUAUCCUAUAUCCCAGAUAAAGGUGGACAUAUGCCUUAAUAUGGGCAGCUUGAAUAAUGGACAAAAGGCUUGACGUGGACAAAAUUGUUUUUGCAAGUUGAAGUACGGGAUGUCUUGUGCAAACUUAAUCCUAGUUUAAGGUCUAAACUGUAAACAUGGUGAACUUUUUAUUCUUCUUGAAAUAGAAAUGGAUUCAAAUGUAACACUGCUUGAUAUGAUGUGCUCAUGAUAAACCAAUGCCUGGAAAGACUUAAAUGUAAACCAUCUUGAAACAGGUCAAUAAAAUCCUUGAAAAGGGA